AUGAUUCUGACACCUAUGGACAAUCAGGCAAAGCAAAGCUUCCCACCCGGAAUUGAACUGGUCAAGGCCGAUGAUUUUCGAGAAUGGCAAGUCGAUAUAAGAGUUUUGGACGCCAACCCACUAUACAUGAAUCAAGUCUUCCGGCUAAGUUUUAUAUUUUCGGAUUCUUAUCCGAUCGAAGCGCCAGAAGUCGUCUUCAUUCACGUCCCGCCGUCCUCCACGCCCACCUCACCUCCAUCCUCGAUUUCUCAGCCCGCACAAUCCCAGUCCCAAGCCCAGCGCCAAUCGAUUCCCUUCCCGGGCCGUCCCAUACCAAUUCAUCCGCACAUAUAUAGCAACGGGAUCAUCUGCCUCGACCUUCUUGGUACGGCGGGCUGGUCGCCCGUGCAAAGCGUGGAGAGCGUAUGCAUGAGCAUUCAGAGCAUGCUGACGGGGAACACCAAGAACGAACGACCCCAGGGCGAUGAGCAGUUCUGCCAAAGCAUGGGUGUGCGAGGGCCUGAUGGUUGGAGUGGAUGGCGAAGUGGCGGCCAUGGUCGAGGCUUGAAAGAUGUGAGGUUCGCUUACGACGACGAUACGGUAUAA